AUGGCCAUCAAAGAUACGGAUAACCGCAAUUGCCGUGACGUUGGUAUUGCCGCCCCUCCCACCAUAAUGGAUAUGGCUCGGGAUUGGAGAGAUGGUGUCGGAAUAAUUGGCUUUUUAGAGAGAAGGAACUUUCUCAUCACUGGUGCAACUGGGUUUCUCGCGAAAGUUCUCAUUGAGAAGAUUUUACGAGUUGCACCCAACGUAGGGAAGAUCUUCCUGCUGAUCAAGGCAAAAGACGAGCAAGCUGCCAUGGACAGAGUCAAAAACGAGAUAAUAGGGUGCGAGCUGUUCAUCUGCCUGAAACAAAAGUAUGGAGAAGAGUACACGAGUUUCAUGUUGAGCAAGCUCGUUCCAGUCAAGGGCGACAUUCAGGAGUCAAACAUGGGAAUAGGAAACGAUUCGUUUCGCCAGAUAACCCAAGAAGUCGAUGUCAUCGUAAACUCAGCAGCCAACACAACUUUCGAUGAGAGGUACGAUGCAGCUCUCGCCGCGAACACCAUUGCGCCUUCUUGGCUUUUAAGCUUCGCCAAGAAUUGCAAGAAACUAAGCCUUUUCUUGUACCUGUCUACGACAUAUGUGAAUGGAGAGAGGCCGGGAAUAUUAAUGGAGAAGGCCUUUGAAAUGGGGGAGAGCAGAAUAGAUUCGUCAACUCAAAGCAAGUUGGACGUCCAUCACGAAAUUAAUUUGGUUUCAGAUCUAAUCGAAACACUUCCUCCAAAUGAAGUGCCGCAAAAAUUGAAGGAGAUCGGUUUGGCCAGGGCGAGAAUGUAUGGGUGGCAGAACGUAUAUGAACUGACCAAGGCCAUGGGUGAGAUGAUGAUAAACGCAGACAGAGGAAGAGUACCGGUUGUCAUCGUUCGUCCCAGCGUGAUCGAGAGUACUUUUCGAGAGCCUUUUCCAGGAUGGAUUCAAGGAUACAGAAUGCUCGACCCCUUGAUCUUGUCCUACGGGAAAGGACGGCUCCCUGGUUUCUUAGUUGAUCCCAACACUGUUUUGGACGUGAUACCGGCAGACCUAGUUGCGAACGUAAUUAUCGCAGCCAUGGCAAAGCACGGGACAACCGCGAGCCCCAGCAUCGACGUGUACCAUGCUGCGUCGUCCACGGUCAAUCCGAUAAUGAUGUGCGACGUGCUCAACUAUUCCCGCGACCAUUUCGCGGCUUCACCCUUGACGGACGACCAAGGAGAUGAGAUUCAAAUUACCGACAUGGAGUAUUUCAGCUCAAUCGACAGCUUCUCCUCUUACAUACAGAAAGACAUCGCAGAGAAAAGUGGAUUGAGCAAAGAAAUUGGCCCUAAUUCAAACCCGAAGCAACGUUCCAGGCUUGAAGCAAGAUGCAAGAGAAUGGCAGAGAGUAUAAUUCACCUGGCUAAGUUGUACGAGCCCUACGCGUUCUACCGUGCAAGGUUCGACAGUUGGAAUACACGAAAGUUGAUGGAACAAAUGUCGACCGAAGAGGGCAAUAAAUUUCCAAUAGAUUUGAGAAGCAUAAAUUGGGAGGAUUACUUCACGAAUGCCCAUAUUCCAGGUUUAAAGAGGCAUGUCAUCAAGAAGGCAUCCUCCUCUUGACCAAAUUCUAUUUAAUCCCGUGGAACAUGAACAGCAAUUCUUGCUGUACAAUAAAGUUGAUGCAUUUACAGGGCUGGGAAUCCGGAUUCACGCGUGGAAUUCGGAUUUUAUGACCCUAUUAAUGCUAAGUUGCAUGUUCUUGUUUAACUGAUAGAAUAAAUUAUGCAUUUAAAAAUUGUGUCAAUUUGGGUCACUUUUGAACUUUUCCGGUAAUAUCUGUCAUUGUA